AUGCCGGGCGUACCAACGGGUAAGGCUUGUGAUGCAUGCCGCAAGCAGAAGAAAAAGUGUGACGAAAAGCAACCUGCCUGUGGACGAUGUCUGCGUCUGAAGGUCCCUUGCAUAGGAUCUGGUCUGCAACGAUAUAAGUUCAAGCAAGAACAUCGCUUUUCAACUCCACAUAAUUGGAAUGGAGAACAAAUGAAUAUCACACUGGAUAACAAGUCAAGAUCUAAUAAAAAAGAAACACCCCCUUUUGAAAUCCCGCCUGUGUUUCCUAACCACCAUCUUACAUCAUUAACAAAUUCAUUCGUCGGCGCCAUCAAACGCUCCACAGACCUUCGAUACAAUCUAUGGUGGUCAUUUGGUCUAUUCUUAGAGGAAGUUCCCCGAAGACUCGGCAACAAUGAAGCACUGGACCGCGCAGUGGAUGCCGUGACCACGGUUCAUAGAGACUUCUGCACGCGCCGAAUCGUCUCAGUCAAUGCGUUAUGGAAGUACUCCCAAGCCCUCAAAACCUUAGGUGUCUAUCUAGACGACCCUAUUCAAGCAAGCACUUCAAACACUCUCUGUGCCGUAAUGAUCCUCCUAGUUUGCCAGGCAUUCAUUGGAAACCAAGGACAGCUAUUAUCAGGCCACGCAGGAGGCGCAGCCAAUAUUCUCCGCGCAAGAAAGAAUUUCGGGCCACGAGAUGAAUUCGAGGGCAAACUGUUCCUUUCAUUGCGAGGCAGCGUGCUCUUCGAAGGCCUAUACAACGAAAAGAUAGACCUCUCCCCAGAAGAAUGGGAAUCCCUAGUCCAGAGUGACUACGACGCAAAACUCCCCGAAGGCCGAAUGAUGCUCUGCCUAACCAAAGCCCCAACCCUAAUAAAACGCGGCAAACUUGCGCUUCACACCGGUCAAGAUCUAACUCAAAUAAAAAGCGAACUCGAACCACUAUACACACAGUGCAAAGAUAUUCUUUCAGAGCUCAAAUUCCGAAAAACAACCUUCGAAGCCUCCAGCCCUAAAUCAUCCACUCCAACAUUGAUGACCACAAUUCUGAGAGCGCAUUACCUACGCACGUACGGGUUAGGACUGACGAUAACAACUUUCUUCAACUGUAUGAUGCAAGCAUUGAACCUGGAUGAUCACACGUUUGCACUUGAAUCGACGUCGUUGGUAGAAGAGACGCUGAAACAUGCCGAGGAAUCGCAUGGUUAUAGACCUAUUGCGGCGGGGUAUGUACUUUUAUGCUUGUAUGCUGCUUGGGCUGCAACUCCUGAUCCGCGGUUACGGUUGAGUGUUGAAUUGGCUUUGCUUGAUUAUCAUGGGGAUUUCAAGAAUAAUCGUGUUACUGAUAUGCCUUGCGAUUUGGAUUGGGUUUCUGAACAUAUUUGGCUUGGGGUUCCUCCUGGGAGAAAGGCACUUGUUUUGAAUUGA